AUGUCUGAUAGUUUCGCCAAUCUCUGGAAUACUUCUGCUGGGACUGGUCCCAAGCCUGCACAACGCACCCUGGGCGGCGCGCUGGCUGCUCAGCCCUCUGCUGCUGGUACAGCAGGCGCACGCCGUCCGGGCCCCGAUGCGUUCUCCAUCUUAGCGUCCUCCAGGCCGAAUCCUUCAUCUACACCCGCUACGCGCUCUCAGACGCCUGCUUCAACUUCAUCCGCACCAACUUCGAAGCCUCCAUCACGAGGCCCAAAUGAUGCGUUUAGUGGACUACUGGCUGGUUCUGGCACGUUCAGCUCGGGCAAUGAGGCCGGGAUGAGCAUGGCUCAGCGCGCGGCGAAGGCCGAGGCGGAUCGUCGUGCGGCGUUGGAGAGGCAACAGGCUGCGAGCAAGAAGCAGAAUGCGGCCUGGGCCGGUCUUGACGCCUUAGGCUCCGGUUCACUUCCUGCCGCUGGUCCUAUAUCCCCAUCGAACGACGAUGAUGACUGGUUGUUCGGCAACGCAACAUCGCCCGCGACGACGAGGAGUCCACCAAGUACGAUCGCGUCACCUGCACCUGCUCAAUCUGCUAAGCAGUCGGAUGACUGGGGUCUCGACGAGUUCAUCUCUGCUCCUGCUGUGAAACCGAUCGCAUCGUCCUCUCGGGCUAGUCCCGCUCCCGGACCUAAAGCGGCCAAGGCCAACGGUUCAUUCUGGGACCUUGAUGCUCUGGAUGCAGCACCAGCACCAGCGACACAGAAAGCACCAUCCCGCUCGGGCACACCAGGAGACUUCGAUUUCGGUGAUCGCGAGGACGGCCCGUCGAAUGGCGAUUCCGGUGACGAAGACAACAUACUAGGAGCACUCGGACGGCCAGCAUCCGAGCGUAGGCCGUCCCCCCGCGCAACUGCCACACCUCCCACACGAUCGGGCCGCAAUUCACCGCCACCGCAUCUCAUUGGACAGAUAGUUGAAAUGGGCUACACUUUGGAGCAGGCCCGCGUUGCGCUCGCCGCCACAGACUCCGGUGAAGAUGUACAGGCCGCGAUAGAGAUCCUACUCUCCGGAGGAACUUCAGAGUCUGCACCUGCACCCCCUAAUGGGGCGUCAAGACGGCCCAGGGACGAGGACGACGGCUGGGGAGAUUCACCUCGCCGUCGCUUCAACUACGACGAUGACGAUGACGACGCCCCGCCGCACCGUGCUCCUCCACGAAAUCCUGCAGCUUCUCCCCCCACGUCCCCGCCUACGCGCCCUGGCAUGUCACGCGCCAACUCCUCCACCCGCGAACGUGAAGGCGAAGGCAUCCAAACGGACAAGAUCAUUGCCCAGGCUUCCGAGAUUGGCCUUUCGGUGUUCAAUCGCGCUAACGCACUGUGGAAGAGCGGAAAAGAGCGUGCUCAGAAGUUGUACGAGGAGCAGCAGGCUGCACGUGCGGCUGCCACCUCGUCGAGCUCGGCGCCGCCGCGCAAGGAUGGACGGCCCAAGUGGAUGCAAGAUGCCUCCGCUGAGGAUGGAGAGGCUUCUCCUCCGACACAACGUCGCAGACCAGCUCAGGAAACCCCGGCGUUUGCAGAUGACGAUGGCCCCGCCCCAGCUGCUCAACGCCGCCCGCGUCCCGCACCCGCAGAGCCUUUACAAGCCGUACCUCCAACAGGUGACCUUUUCUCCGACGCUCCCGCCGCGCCCGCCGAACCUCCAGUCCGCGGAUACCGCCGUCGCCAUUCGCCUCCGCGUACCCGCGCACCUCCUACUGCGGCCGCGUCAUCUCGGGCCACGCCACCUCAAGCCGCCCCAGCUCUCAAGACGCGCCAGGCUGUCUCCGCAACACCCGCCGCAAUUGCUACCUCAGAACGUCAUAAAACAUCCGGUACCGAGAUGUUCAAACUCGGACGCUACGCCGAAGCCGAGACGUUCUACUCUUCAGCGAUAUCCUCUCUUCCCUCGAACCACCUUCUCCUCAUACCCCUCUACAAUAAUCGCGCCGCUGCGCGGUUCAAGAUUGGCGAUACAGCCGGUGCAAUCGAAGACUCUACGACUGUCAUCACGCUCGUCGGCGCCGACUAUAGGCCGGGAAUAGAGAAGAAAGUCGAGAGGAAGGAAGAGGGUGCAGGUGUUGAUCUCGGACUGGCUCUUGUCAAGGCCUGGAAGCGCCGCGCGGAGUCGUAUGAGGGACGCGAGAAGUGGUCCGAAGCUCUCAGUGAUUGGGAACGCGUCGCGGGAUGCGAUUUUGCGGGUGCGCUCAGGCGAGAGGGUGCUACCGGUGCUGCACGAUGCCGUAAAGCUACUACUCCUGCCUCCUCUGCGCCUAAACCAGCGGCACCGAAGCCCAAACCGAAACCUGCAGCACUGUACAGGCCACCAGCCAAACCCGCACCUCCCUCUGAAGCCGCAUCGCGUCUGAAGAAGGCAAACGCCGAAGCCGAGGCGGAAGACAACGCCAAAUACGAGCUGAAAGACUCGGUGGAAGCGCGCAUCAUGGCCUGGAAGGGUGGUAAGGAGACGAAUAUCCGUGCUCUCAUCUCGAGCUUGGAGAACGUACUGUGGCCGGAGCUCGGUUGGGUGAAAGUCGGCAUGGGCGAGCUCUUGACGCCUGCGCAGGUCAAGAUCCGGUAUACGAAGGCGAUCGCGAAGUUGCACCCGGACAAGUUGAAUGCACGCAAUACGACAGUCGAGCAACGUAUGAUUGCAAACGGUGUAUUCAGCGCUCUGAACGACGCAUGGAACGCUUUUCAACAAUCGAGUUGA